AUGGACAGUGAUGUUGAGGAGUCGCUUAAGAAAAGGCAAAAGAAGGUUCCUUUUCCAGGGGACUCUUCUCGUCGGGGUUUCACGCAAGAGGAAGAUACUCGUUUGGAGUCUACAAGAGCUAGAUUUACAAAUCUUCUCAAGAGACAUGGGGAAUUGGCAGAACGUCUUUCUAGGGAUUCUGACAAGAUGAUAUUCGAACGCCUACAAAAAGAAUUUGAAGCUGCAAGAGCAUCUCAAAAACAAGAAGUUUAUCUUGAUGGUGAAGAAUGGAAUGAUGGGCUGUUGGCAACUAUAAGAGAAAGGGUUCACAUGGAGGCUGAUAGGAAGGCAAUGGCAGCAGAAUCUAAUAAUAUGACGACUCAACAUUUUGAAGAGAAAAUUACAUAUAGGGCUGGUAAUAAGGUCAUUUGUUGCUUGGAAGGGGCAAGGAUUGGCAUUCAAUAUGAAACAUCUUUUGCAGGAGAACCUUGCGAGGUAUAUCACUGUGUGCUUGAGAGUCGGUCAUUUCUUGAAAAGAUGACGGUCCCUGAACAUACUGUUCCAUUUUUUCUGCCUAUACGAGAGGCAGAAAAUGAUCUUCUUUCUUCCAAUGCUAUGAGAUUUAUAGACUUUGUUGGAGAACUCCUGCAGUCAUAUGUGGAGAGAAGAGAGCAGGUCAGGCUUCUUAAGGAGCUGUAUGGAGAUCGAAUUGGGGAAUUGUAUCACAGCCUGCCCUACCACAUGAUAGAAUUUGUUCUAGAUGAUUUUGAUUGCAAAAUAACCGUAAGUCUUAGAUACUCUGAUCUUGUUGCUGUACUUCCAACUCGGGUGAGAGUGUUCGCAUGGCCCAUAAACCAAUUCAAGAAAAAUGCAGCCACGGGAAGCCACUCUAAUCCAAGUCGCCUAUCGUUUGCCGAGGACGCUAUGCGAAAUAUGACAUUGCCAGAAGCAUAUGCGGAGAUGGUGCUGAACCUGCCACAGGCUUUGCAGCAGAUGGUUCAGGAUAGGAGCCCUUGUUAA